AUGGCGCGCUUAGCGCCAUUCCUCCUCCUUCUCCCAUGUCUCAUCGCCUUACCUAUCCCGAAGCAGCCCCUCGACCCCCUGCUCGGCUCCAAUGGCGCCCCUCGCCGCGUCCCCAUCGCCCUGCUCCACAUGUACGACAACGUCUCCUUCUUCCGGCGUCUCGGCGCCCUCACCGCUGAGAACAAGGGGCGAUAUGCCCGCCGUCACGGCUACGAUCUCGUUCUCUCCGUCCCGGGACGUACAUCGGGAGUCCUCAAGCCGGCCUCGUGCGACGGCAGGACCCCGGAUGCCAAGGGCAAGUGCUGGACAAAAGACGACAGUUUUGAUAUCGACCAUACCAGAGCCCCCACGUUUGGAAAGAUUAAAAUGGCCAUCGCCGCGUGCCAGGGGAGGGAUGAUGGCUGGUUGCUAUGGUCCGAUGCAGAUGCCAUGGUCGUCAAUCAGUCCAUCCCGCUGGAGGCUCUUAUUGAUGACGGCUAUGACAUGAUGCUUGCGUACGACUGGCUCAUGCUCAAUGCCGGAAUGAUACUUUUCAAAUGUUCCGACUGGAUGAAAAACUUCCUGCACCAGGUCUACGACGCCCGCAAGUUCGACACUGCCCGCGCCCUGGACCAAAGCAGUUUCCAAGAUCAUUUGAACAACCUCUCCGCGCGUGAGCGCGACGCCCACGUCAAAGUCGUUCCCAAGUACGCUAUGAACGUCUACACGGAAGAAUACCGCCCAGGCGAUUUUCUCCUUCACAUGGCUGGGAAGCUUUACGAAGCUACGGAGCCCGGCCUGUUCGCCAUCGCCAACCAGUUCGACAUCCUCUCAAUGGUGGACGAUGUCGAGGAUAUCAAGGCCUUUUUCAGGUCUACCAAACUACUUAAUUAUUACUCUGCGACGUGCGCGGUGAACGCAGGCCAGCGCCAGCAUAGCUGCAAACCGGAGGAUCCGCGGAGGAUUUUGCUCAACGAGACCCUUGGAUCUAUGUCAUAUCCGAAUCGUUAUCGACAUGUUGGUCUCCGGUACUACUGGCUGGGGGAUUGGAAGGACAAAUAUGACGUCCCGGGUUGGGAUAUUAAGAGACGUGCGCUGCCACUGCCGGUGCACCCGCCUGCAGGGCAAGACAUGCCGCCGCUGCCGCCGGCUGCCUUGCAUGAUCACGAAGUCCAUCUCGACGGCACUGCAAAAGACGGCAUUCCGAAAACAGAAGAAAACAAGGAUUCAGAUGAAGAACACCACCACAACAUACAUCACCACGAGCCACCAGAGGUUGAUCACGAUGCGGAACACCUUGCGGCUAUCAAGGCUAAGAAGGAGCUCGAUGAUGAUGACGAUGACGACGAUGAUGAUGACGAAGCCGCAGAUGACGCCGUCGGUGCGGAUGAACCGUGGCCUUGGUGGGGUCGGCUCUUGCUGAUAGGGUUGUCCUCGUCGGCUAUCGGCGGCUUGGUAUAUGCGUGGCGGAAGAAGGGACGGAAGGUGUCGAAGAUGCAAUGAGCACUGAAGAGUCAGAAAAGUAACACAUCGAGAAACUGUACAUAAAACUUCGGGCCAAGAGCAAAGGUGCUCGAGUUCGUUCGCGGUUCUUUAGGUUCUUGCCGGCUCGCGGAAGCAGUCAUUUUAUCGUAAGGUCGCAUUUUGGUUGUAAAGCUUCGUGAUGCAUAUUUCCAUGUAGACUUUUCUUUUCACGGCAACGCUAUUGACGACCCAGUGUCUAUCACCCCAUCAGUUCUUGCACGUCAGGUGUGGCUGGGCUGCAAGUGCCUGUCAUGGCGGGAAGCGAAUCUUGCACAGGAGAUUUCAUCGCGCAGGCCUUGCUGGCUAGAGAG